CCAUGUUCAGAGGCAGCAUCCUUCUGAAUAACAGAUGCUGUGUAUAAAAAGGAGGGUUUAUGCCCUGCUGGUGGGUUUCUCUGAAACAAUUAGCUGGAUUAUGUGGACCUGUGGUCUAGUCUGAUAGAGCUUUCCUCACAGUCAUAAACGGGUUGCAGAGCCAGUUCCGUCACCUAACUAUUUCCCAGAGUCAAUACCCCUGUGUCACCCCUCCCCCAAUUAUCCUCGGUUUCUGCACACAGUUUUAAGUGUGGUAGAGGUCUAUUGUAAGCUACACUUGGAAUUCUGGUAAAGCGUCUUCUUUCUUUUUUACACUCCUGUUUGAAAACUUAGGCUCUUGAACUGGUUUUGUCUUCUAGAGUGGGAUUGGAGUGGGUGGUAUCUGGAAGGGGGAGACAAAGCACAGAUUUCUGGCAAGGAGAGGUCUUGUAGUAGGUAGUUCUCACCCACUGAAUAAGUUAAGGCUUUAUUCUCUUAUUUUUUUAAUGUUUUGGCAGAGUCUAAUAGGGUUCCAAUGACUUCGUGAUUAUCAGUGUUUAAAUGUUAGUAUUGCAGUGUAAGAUUGCUAACUCCCCCACAAUUUGAGUUGUUUGCACGGUGGUUUGGUGUGUUUCCAUUUGCAACUUUAUAACUUUUAUGCUGGAGUCUUACCAUAAAAACCAACUCACCUUACCCUCUAGAUUUUUCAUGUAAUCUUGUAGCUACCUCCCAUCCACAAAAAUAUAGCUGAGUAUAUUUAAUUUAUUGCUGCAUAAUAGGCUGUCGCUUCCUAAUGGCUUAUUUCAUUGUCUGUGGUACUUCAUGCUCCAGCCUGGAGCACACAUAAGUUUUGGUUGAUUUAACCGGUCAGUGAAAUCAAGAGUAAUUGUUUUUUAAUUGCUCUAUGACAUGGCUUCUCUAGUUAUGCUUAGUAGUAUUCUUGGAUAGAAACCAAAUCCCUUGUGAACUCCACAGUUAUGAGGUUAGCAAAGUUUGGAUAAGUGGCAGUAUGUCAGUAGUUUAUAUUUUCAUAUUUUGCAUAUUUGGUGUUGGCUGUAACUUGAAACCCUCAUCCAUAUUGCCAAAGAGUUAUUCAGAUCUGUACCCACUUGAAAUCCAGAUCUUGAAAUGGGAGAUGGCCAUGUGUAGUAGCAUUCUAUCUGCAAAUUGUUAAAUUCGUUUUGAUGAUAAACACGUAUUUGAAUUUGUAAGUUGUUUGUUUGGUUGAGAACUACACAGGUAACUCUUGAUGGUUGACUGCAGUUGAGAAGAAAGUUAGUUUGGUUUGACAACAGAAACGAUUACUUUUUAGUAGAACAUUAGGUGAUCCUAAGCUUUUAUAAUCACAUCCUGAGCAAAUUUACUUGAGCCUAAUGAGGCUUACUACCAAGAAAGUAUGCAUAGGAUUGUAAUCAUUGGUCAUUAGAAGUCAUUGGGAGGCUGGUAUUGCAUUACUGAAUAUGUAUGCAUUAUCAUAUUAAAGAAACUUUUCUUUAUGGAAGUUGUGAUAAGUGGUGUCAUAGUUCAUAUUUUCUCUCUGUUUACUUUGGAACAUCCUGUGAAUUGUCUUUCUUUCGCUAUAGCUCCCAUUUAAAUUCAGGAUCAACUAAUGGUACUUCUUGACAAAGCUCUGUUGCAGACAUAUGAUCGAGAAUUAUUCUGGAUGGAUUUUUUUUUAAUAAAGGAAAGUAAUAUUUUCCUGGUAUGUCUGUGUCAUAUAAUGUAAAGGCUGUAUGAUGAGGUGGAACAUCCAGACCAUGCAUCUUGUUUUCCUACCAUAAGAUCAAAGUUAUAUUGUAUUCACAUUCACCAUUGCAUGUUCUGUGUGGGGGUUUCUCUUAAUAUUUUGGCUCUUCUAGUGAGAGUGUUUUUUUUCAGAGUUCUACAGAUCUUUGAAAUCUCUGUUUUUAGGCUCUUUCAAAGGUCUGCAGAUUGAAGGGAAAUUUUUUUUAGGGAGUUGUGUAUUAGCUGCGUGGGAGUGACUGCAAAUAGGGAGUCUGGACCCAGGAUUCUUGCAGUCUUGGCACAUCUGGAGUUUUUUAUGUCCUGUUGAUCAUAGAAAGCGAUCCCCAUACUUUUUUUCCCCAUGGACCACUUGAAAACUGCUGAGGGUCUUGGAGGACUGUGACAUCCUUCUCUGGUUCUCCCUGUCAGGUUCCCACCUGCUUGUGGCUACUGCCUUUCACUAGGCACCACCAGGGAUACCACUAGUCCGGACCGUCCUUUAUAUGGUUUCUCACUCCGCUCUAGCACAGAUCUCACUAGAUCCCCCUGCUAGGCAGCACCACCAGUCACAUCCUAUAACCAAUACUCCCAGAGACUUUGCCUGAGUCUCUCUCUAGCUGGUUACUUUUGUGACUGCGUGCUUAUGCUGUUCCCAACCCCCUUGUAUCUUUAUAGAUAACGCAUACAACUCUGGGUUGCUCUGGAUACUUGAAUUGUUAUUAUUCCUCCCUUCACCUCUGCCACCAUUAGAUACUGAUUCUGUUCAGCCUUGGUAAUUACCUUGCCCUCCCUUCUGCUAGAAUGGAAGAAUCUCAUUUCAACUCCUCUCCGUAUUUUUGGCCAGCAGUGCCCACAGUCUCAGGACAGAUUGACAACAGUAUGUUCCUUAACAAGAUGAAGGAGCAACUGUUGCCCUCAGAGAAGGGCUGUGGUCUGGCUCCCCCCCACUAUCCUACAUUGCUGACUGUACCCACCUCUGUGGCCCUUCCCACGAACAUUUCUAUGGAUUCUGACACCAAGCCGGAACAGCUUACUCCACACAGCCAGGCUUCUGUGACUCAGAACAUCACUGUGGUGCCUGUGCAGUCUGCUGGCCUCAUGACAACAGGUCCUGGUUUGGUGAUUACUUCUCCCUCUGGGUCUCUGGUGACCACAGCCUCUUCCGUGCAAACCUUUCCCAUCUCGGCACCGAUGAUUGUCUCGGCACUUCCCCCUGGUUCCCAGGCAACUCUCCAAGUAGUUCCUGACCUUUCCAAGAAGGGGGCUACGGUUCUUUCAGAGGGCGGGGCAGCCAGUGGUGCUGGAGGUAUAACCCCAAAAGCUCCUCGAGGUAGAAAAAAGAAGCGGCUACAGGAAUCUGGCCUGCCAGAGAUGAGUGACCCUUUUGUGUUAUCAAAUGAGGAUGAUGAAGACCAGCACAAAGAUGGCAAGACAUACAGGUGCCGGAUGUGUUCCCUGACAUUCUACUCCAAGUCAGAGAUGCAGAUCCACUCCAAAUCCCACACCGAGGCAAAGCCGCAUAAGUGCCCUCACUGCUCUAAGAGCUUCGCCAACAGCUCCUACCUUGCCCAGCACAUACGCAUCCAUUCAGGGGCUAAACCCUACACCUGCAGCUACUGCCAGAAAGCCUUCCGCCAGCUCUCCCACCUACAGCAGCACACACGGAUCCACUCCAAGCUCCACACGGCGAUUGUCAAGCCGCACAAGUGCCCUCACUGCUCCAAGAGCUUCGCCAACACGUCCUACCUGGCCCAGCACCUCCGCAUCCAUUCGGGGGUCAAACCCUACACGUGCCGCUACUGCCAGAAGGCGUUCCGCCAGCUCUCCCACCUACAGCAGCACACACGGAUUCAUACUGGAGACCGGCCCUACAAAUGUGCUCACCCUGGGUGUGAAAAGGCUUUCACACAGCUCUCCAACCUGCAGUCUCACAGACGGCAGCACAACAAAGACAAACCAUUCAAGUGCCACAAUUGCCACCGUGCAUACACAGAUGCCACCUCGUUGGAGGUUCAUCUGGCCACCCACACGGUGAAGCAUGCCAAGAUCUACAACUGCUCCAUGUGCAAUCGGGCUUACACCUCAGAGACGUACCUGAUGAAGCAUAUGCGGAAACACAAUAUUCCUGAUGCCCAGCAACAGGUGGCUGUGGUCCAGGCUCAAGUCCAGGCUCAAGUCCAGGCUCAAGUCCAGGCUCAAGUCCAGGCUCAAGUCCAGGCUCAAGUCCAGGCUCAAGUCCAGGCUCAAGUCCAGGCUCAAGUCCAGGCUCAGGCACAGGCCUCGCAGCAGCAGCACUUCCAAUCACAAGGUGGUGGGGGAGCAGGGGGCCCUUCUGGAGACAACCCUCCCAACCCCCCACCCCAGUGCUCCUUUGACCUUACCCCUUACAAGACUUCGGAACAUCACAAAGACAUCUGUCUCACGGUUAGCACCAGCACCAUCCAAGUGGAGCAUCUUUCCAGCUCCUAGAGACUUUGGCAGAGGGGAAUGGAAAACUUCUUGUGCAUAACCUGUGCCCAAGGGCAUUUCUUGUGCGAUGGCCUCUCCUCAAGCAACAACCUCUGGCCUCUUUUUUUCUACAGCUUCCCUUUGGGGGCAGGGAUGGUAAUGGGGUUUAUGUCCAUUAAGUUGGCUGCCCUUUGGAUCGACCAUUAGUGCCUCAAAAGGCACAACAGCAUGCCCUAGAUGGGUGGAAAGAGCUCCUUUUGGCAAGAGGGGCCCUCCACUUCAGGAAGCAAUCUUUGGUUUAUCAAGGGAAAGUCACCAUUUCUGUCACUUUAUAAGGUGAAAGGAAUACCUUUGAUACCUAGUAAGCUGAUGAGAAAUGAGGUGAAGCUAGUCAAUGGAAGGGGCUUCAGCACUGACUGAUGGCAAGUUAAUGAGGGCACACAGCUGGGAGUCUCCUGAAGAUUUCCCUUGGGUGGCGAGUGGAGAGCAUUUCCUCUUUUUGUCUCCCCUUCUUAUGAAUGGAGAGGAACAAUUACUGCUCCAUUUCUAGGCACCAAAUGUACCCUUCUUGCAAAACCAUAGGGAAGGGGAUUUUGCUGGGGUUGGACCCGUAUCAGCCUAAAAGCAAACAUGAUAGAUGGCUGGUGUUGAGUCUACUUGCCCUUCUUCCAGCCGACUGCAGAGGAAGGUGGGGUGGGAGGGCAGGUUGCAGCUCACACCCGUUUGUGGUUCAACCUCCAUUGCAAUGGUAAGCCUGCUGCAGGCAUAAAUAGAAAGCCUGAACCAAAAAACGUAGCUGGUGAUAAGCGUGCCAAAAUGAACAUGGUCCCCUCCUCCAGAGAGAGCGGCUAAUGAGGUGAUCCUUCUAUCUUCCUCCCCCAAUACCACAGGCUGCAACCCCAAAAGGAGACCUUUUGAGGGGCCAGUGGGAAAGGGAACUGUUGAGCUACUCCUCGCUACGCAUCAUCCAGAUGCUUCCGUCACUCUCUUUAUCACCAAGGCAAACUGGAAUGAGGUGAUGACCCCUGGACAGCAAGCAUCAGAGGCAUCUUCCUGAGGGUGGACAGUGGAGAAGAGGAGAUGGUGGAAACAGCCACCCCUGCACAGAGACCAAUGAGAAGGGGGGAAACCCCAAGAAUAGACUCAAACCCCCAUUGAAUUUAUAUAUAUAUAUAUAUAUAUAAAUAUAUAUAUACAGAUAGAUAGAUAUAUCUAUUCACACCCCAACCCCAUCCAGCCUGCUCUGUCCUUGCUGUAACUGUCUGUGUUUAUAAAACGCAUUAUCCUUGCACACUUUUAUUUUCGAUCCUUGAUUUAUAUCCUCCUUUCUUGCUCUCCAUCUUCAAGUUAUUUUCCCAUUUUCUCUUCUCCCCCACCCCUCUCUCUAAUCUUGUGGUUUCCUAUGCCAUCAUUUCAACGUUCUCGUUAUGACCUGGAUUGCAGAAACAAAAAUGGAGUCAGGAAAAAGCUAAUUUUCUGGGAUUUAAGUGGGAAAAAAAUCCACAGUGGGCAUGCAAAUACCGCAGGGUGCGGGAGCGGGAGUUGUAAAGGACUGUGGCUUUUAAACAUACUGGUGCAUAAAAAUAAAUUGGUUCAGAUGCCUUUCUAUGUGAAUGAAGGUACUGGGAAUUGUUGGCAGUAGCCAUAAACCCAAGGCACGAGUGUGGGGAUUGCAUGUUCCAGCAAUCCAGCUCGGCAGGAAUAUUGCAAGUCACCUUCUAUGCAAACUGCUCUGCUCCCCUUAGUGCAGAAAGCAGCUGUUGUGUGAAGACAAAUUCAUAAGUGACCUGAUAAUUCUGCACAUUUGGGAUGGACCAGGACUGAUGAAUAUCUCCUCUUCACCCACCUCUCCCCACCCACAGCUGGACCAUACACAGCCCCACUGAAUUUAAAAGGCGUGUAGACAUUUCAAGAUUGUGGUUUGGCUGCAGGGACUGUGAUGAAUAAGAGUGUGUGUGCUGUUUCUGUAUCAGACAUGGGUAUGAAUAUUAUAACAAAGUGUCCCUGCACUUUUGUGUGCGUAUGCGCAUGUCUGGCAAAAUCCUGCACUUCUCAUUGGGGUGUGAAUUAUCUGGGCCUAAUGUCCGUGAUCAUUGUUGAAAGCAUUAUAGGAGUUACGGGAAUUGUGUGUCCUCUCUUUCUGUGCGCCUGGCAGAGGUGGAAUGAUUGAGAAUGAGCUGCUUGGGGAAAUGUGUACCAGCUUUCAUAUGCCAGUCAUAAUUUUGAGUAGUAACUAAAGUUGUCAUGUUUAAUAUCUAUUCAGUGCAUUGGCACAAGAGUAUCACCAAUUCCUGCAACUUGUAUAAACUUGGCAAAUAGUGAGAAACAUCAGGUUAGAUUGAUGGCAUGAAGAAUGCAGUGGUUUCCCCAACAGGUCAGUGUGGAGACUAAGGCGGUGUACAGAUGAUAACUACUCAAAUGGGCAUGAAAGUAUGAGAAGAGUCAGUGCCUGUGGUACAGAUAUUCAUAUCUUCCCCCCUUUCUAAGUUAUGGUCUAUGGUCGACAGGUUUUUAAUCAGGAAAAUUUGUUUGACUACAGAGGGGUAGUAUAAAAGUGUCUUGUCACACGGGCAUCAGUGAUGCUUUUGUAUGCUGAUUUCAGGUCUCUGAUACUAUCUGUGUGCUGCUUUAGCACUUGAGGAGUAAAAAUUGUGUGCACGUGCCUUGGAGAUGGAUGCAAAGGAAUGAGGGAGUGUGAGAAUGCAGACUUACAUGCUCUGAUUUAUGGGCUUGUUUCAGCUGUGAGUUUACUGCCUCUUUUACCAUGCAGCUGUCUCAAGCUUUUCUACUCGCUGUUCAAGUUGUGAGGGGGUGGCAAGGGGGUGGGUGCUGAGAUUCUUGUUCUCCAAGCAUAGAAACACAGUGUCCUUAAUCUGCUGUGGGCCAUUGUGUGUUGAACAGGCUUGAGAGCCGCACAUGGACCCAAAUAUUAAAGCCUGAGGGGAAUUGCAAGAAUCACAUCUACCUGUUAGUGCUCGGAGUUAAGAGGACAUGAGUUGGGGUAAGAGCACUGCAGUCUAAACAGGUGUGGACUAUGCAAGCAAUUUGCCUGUGUAGGAAAAACAUUUUCCCUUGCUGGCACUCCUCUUCUGUUCUCCUCUACUGUAUCUUUAGGGCUUUUUGUCAGCAUUCCCACCUCUCAGCUACACCGGAGAAAGGAGUGGUUUGAGGGAAAUAGAGUGUGGGAACUGAGGUGACAACGCAAGUUUGCUUGUGGUGAAUAUAAAAGCACUUCUCCACAGAUAGUGUCAAAGGUAGCCAGUGAAAAGACACCAAGUCAAAUGCCAAAUAUUUAAGGCACUGGGUAGUGUUCAUGCUUUACUGAGUAUUUUUUCCAUUUUCAGUAAAGAAGAAUACCAGUGGAAUUUGAGUCACUGAAUAUUAAGGAGACUUUCCUGUUUUGCUCAUACCUCAUUAAAUUACCACAUCAGUUCAGUGUGAGUAAUUUUCAGCUACUCUUAAAACGUUCAUGUUGCAUUUCCCAGAGGGAGAAGGGUAUUUUAAAUUUCCAACUUUAAUAUUGCAUUAGAACUUUUUGUAUUUAAUUUCAUUACUUUUUUUUUAAUAAACUCCAAAAGCCCUCAACCUUCAUGGAACUGGA